AGGGUGCGGGAGGCGGCGCGCGUGGGGGGAGGGGACGCUCCCAUAUUACCAUAUUUCUGGUUCAGGUACAGAGACGCUGGAUUUCUGACUAAGCAAGACUUAGACACAGUUCUCAAAACGUUAUACAACUCUGAAGCAUCAGGAUUCAUUAUUUGGGGAAGUUCCAACGAUGUUAAUACUGUUAGCAAAUGUAAUAAACUACAAGAAUACGUAAAUAAAACAUUAGGACCUGCUAUCGCUAAAUAUGCUAAAUAUAGCGUGAGAUUAAUUGAAGAAACUACAACUGUAAUAUCAGAUACAACAGAAACUGAAAAUAGCACUAAUAAUUUAAAUGACACUAUAGAUGUACAUAAUUCUAAUGAAACAAAUCAAUCUAUAACAACAGUGAAAAACUCUAAUAAAACUAUAAACAUUAAACUAGAUAAUGUAGAAAUUCAAAUAGACCCAUAUGAAACUGUACCGCAAGAAUAUGAAGGGAAUAUCGUACAAGAAGUUGAAGAUGAAUUGAAUAAUAAAUCCGAAUAUAUGAUAUCUGAAAUUGUUGAUGACAUCAAAGAUAUAAAUAACAAAGAUAAACACGAUCUUGUAGAAAUAUUCAUGAAUUUGAUGAAUUCAAAAAAUAAAACUGAUUUAGAAGCAAAAGAUAAUUCAACGGUUUAUAAAUUAGUGCCGUUUUUAACUUAUUUUUCAAUAUCAAAUAACACUGAAGUGAAUAAAAAUAAUUCUGUCGAUUUUAAUGAAGAAACUGCUGCUCCAAUUGUAAAUGAUUUCACAACAGAAACAUCAGUAACGUACAAAGAUAAUGAUUAUAAUGAAGUUAACACCAUAUUAUAUGAAUUAAAUAAUUUAGUUGAUGUAAAACAAACAUCUGAUAGUGAAUAUACAAAUACAGAACAAACAACACAAGAAAUAGUAACAGAGAUAGAAAUACAAACAAAUAGACUAAACAAUGAUAUUAAUAAGGACACAUCUAACAGUGAAAGAUAUACAAAUACAGAACAAACAACACAAGAAAUUGAGUCAAUUACAGAGCAAAAUAUACUAAAUAAUGAUGUUCCUGAAAUAGAAACAUCUAAAAGUGAAAUUUAUACAAAUACAGAACAAACGACACAAGAAAUUGAGUUAAAUACAGAACAGAACACAAUAAAUGAUGAUGUUUCUAAAACAGAAACAUCUAAAAGUGUAUAUACAGAACAAACUACACAAGAAAUUGAAACCGAGUUAGGCACAGAACAAGAUACAAUAAAUAGCAAAACAACUAAAUACUUCAGUACAACUGAAGCAUAUUCCACAACAGAAAUAAACAGUGAAGAAAAUAUAUCUAUCACAACAAAAUAUACUGAAAGUACAACAGAUGAUGAAAAUAUCGAAAUAUAUACUGCAACUGAAAAAUCUGAAACAACCGUAACUGAAAAACUAGAUGAAUAUGAUACUAUAGUAACAAACAUAGAUAUUUCAACUAAGUUACCAGCUUUAAGCAACUUAGAAGUGACAGAUAGAAAUGUCAAUGAUUCAACUGAUUUUGAAAACAUAGAAAAUACAACAAACGAACCAAAUGCAGGUUCAUACGAUGAAAUAACUGAAUUGAUAGAAGAUUUAGAAAAUGAAGUAUCAGAAACUACAAAUAUUGAAGAAUACAAUUAUACAGCGUACAGCCUGCCUUCAAGUAUACCUGAUAAGGUAUCUCCAAGCAACGCUUGCCGCCAAAAGGAUAUUAUAUAUACGUAUAUAUUUAUAUUAUACGUCAAAGUUUUUGUAUUGUAAAUUUAUUGAAAACUUAGUAAAUGUUCUUAAGAACCGAGUAAACGCUAACCGAUUUUAUCUGUGAUAUUGUGUUAAAUGUAGAUAAUAAAUGUAGUAUUU